AUGUCUCAGAAUGGCAAUAUGAGCAUUGAUGCUGACAGUCAUGAUGUCAGGAUGGAGAUAGAAGACCAACAAACACCUCAAUACACAGGAAAGAGGUCUGAGAGGAAGACAAGCAACAGAGCAGCUUCAGUGUGUUUGGGGCUGCUGUGUGUUCUUCUGCUGGCUGCAGUCAUAGUGCUGUGUGUCCAACUCAUUACAAACAAGAAACAGUUUCACAUCAAGAGCAACAUCUUGACCGAAGAGAGAGACCGGUUACAAAAAACGAAUAUCAAACUCACUGAAGAGAGACAGCAUUUACUGAACAAGAACAUAAACUUGAUGAAAGAGAGGGAUGGAAUAACAAAAGAGAAUCCCCACCAAAUACAACGAGGUGAAUCAGGAGAUGCAAUAAGGAAGCUGAAUCGGGAGAAAAAUGAACUGCUGAAGAGUCUUCAUGAAAUGGAUGGUUGGAUUUGGUAUCAGUCCAAUUUUUACUACAUAUCUUCUGAGAAGAAGAGCUGGAGUGAAAGCAGAAGAUACUGUAUACAGAAAGGAGCAGAUCUGCUGAUCAUAAACCACAAAAAUGAACAAGACUUUUUAAAGAAAUUUUCUGGUGAGGACAAAUUCUGGAUCGGUUUAACUGACACAGAGAAAGAGGUCACAUGGAAAUGGGUCAAUGGAAGUGCACUGACCUCUGGGUUCUGGAAGUCUGGACAGCCCGAUGGCCAAAGACAAGAGAACUGUGCUCUAACUGAAUCAUCAAGGUGGCAUGAUUAUCCAUGUUUUGAUGUUUACAAAUGGAUCUGUGAGAAGAGCAUUUUAAAAUGA